CCUCCUCCCUCCUCCCUGCUCUCCCUCAGUCCCUGGCUCCUCUCCCUCUUUCUCCCUCUCCUCCUCGGGUGGAGGCGCCCACCGUGGCGGCCCAGCGGGGACCGGACCGGCCGCACGGCAGGACCCUAUCACCCUCCAUGGCUCCCCUGGCCUUGGUGGGGGUUGUGCUCCUCCUGGGAGCACCCUACUGCUUGGGGGAGGCCACUCCGACCCCUUCCCUGCCGCCUCCCCCUGCUAACGACAGUGAUGCCAGCCCAGGUGGCUGCCAAGGUUCCUACCGCUGCCAGCCAGGGGUGCUGCUUCCUGUGUGGGAACCCGACGACCCGUCAAUGGGAGACAAGGCAGCAAGGGCCGUGGUGUACUUUGUGGCUAUGGUCUACAUGUUCCUGGGCGUGUCCAUCAUUGCCGACCGCUUUAUGGCAUCCAUUGAGGUCAUCACUUCUAAGGAGAAGGAGAUUACCAUCACCAAGGCCAACGGGGAGACCAGCGUGGGCACUGUGCGCAUCUGGAACGAGACAGUGUCCAACCUCACACUCAUGGCCCUGGGCUCCUCGGCACCUGAGAUUCUGCUGUCUGUCAUCGAGGUCUGUGGCCACAACUUCCAGGCGGGUGAACUGGGCCCAGGCACCAUCGUGGGCAGUGCCGCCUUCAACAUGUUCGUGGUCAUUGCUGUGUGUGUGUACGUCAUCCCAGCUGGCGAAAGCCGUAAGAUCAAGCAUCUGAGGGUCUUCUUCGUUACGGCCUCCUGGAGUAUCUUUGCCUACGUCUGGCUUUACCUCAUUCUGGCAGUUUUCUCCCCAGGUGUAGUCCAGGUGUGGGAGGCGCUGCUGACACUGGUCUUCUUCCCGGUGUGCGUGGUGUUCGCCUGGAUGGCGGACAAGCGGUUGCUCUUCUACAAGUAUGUGUACAAGCGCUACCGCACCGACCCUCGUAGUGGAAUCAUCAUCGGGGCAGAAGGUGACCCGCCCAAGAGCAUCGAGCUGGACGGUACGUUCGUGGGCACCGAGGUCCCAGGUGAGCUGGGCGUGCUGGGCACGGGUCCUGCCGAGGCACGUGAGCUGGACGCCAGCAGGCGUGAGGUCAUCCAGAUUCUUAAGGACCUGAAACAGAAGCACCCAGACAAGGACCUGGAGCAGCUGGUGGGCAUCGCCAAGUACUACGCACUGUUGCACCAGCAGAAGAGCCGCGCCUUCUACCGCAUCCAGGCCACGCGGCUGAUGACGGGUGCGGGCAACGUGCUUCGAAGACAUGCCGCAGAUGCAGCCCGCAGGCCCGGGGCCAACGACGGCACGGCGGAUGACGAGGACGAUGGCGCCAGCCGCAUCUUCUUUGAGCCCAGCCUCUACCACUGCCUGGAGAACUGCGGGUCCGUGUUGCUGUCGGUGGCCUGCCAGGGCGGGGAGGGCAACAGCACUUUCUAUGUGGACUACCGCACAGAGGACGGCUCUGCCAAGGCGGGAUCAGACUAUGAGUACAGCGAGGGCACGUUGGUGUUCAAGCCCGGAGAGACGCAAAAGGAGCUGCGCAUCGGCAUCAUCGACGACGACAUCUUCGAGGAGGACGAGCACUUCUUCGUGCGGCUACUGAACCUGCGUGUGGGCGAUGCGCAGGGCAUGUUCGAGCCCGACGGCGGCGGGCGGCCCAAGGGGCGGCUAGUGGCACCGCUGCUGGCCACCGUCACCAUCCUGGACGACGACCACGCAGGCAUCUUCUCCUUCCAGGACCGCCUGCUGCACGUGAGCGAAUGCAUGGGCACCGUGGACGUGCGCGUGGUUCGCAGCUCAGGCGCGCGCGGCACCGUGCGCCUCCCCUACCGCACAGUGGACGGCACGGCCCGUGGCGGUGGCGUGCACUACGAGGACGCUUGUGGAGAGCUGGAGUUCGGCGAUGAUGAAACCAUGAAGACCCUUCAGGUCAAGAUAGUGGAUGAUGAAGAGUAUGAGAAGAAGGACAACUUCUUCAUUGAGCUCGGCCAGCCCCAGUGGCUUAAGAGGGGCAUCUCAGCUCUGCUACUCAACCAAGGAGAUGGGGACAGGAAGCUGACUGCAGAGGAGGAGGAGGCUUGGAGAAUCGCGGAGAUGGGCAAGCCAGUUCUUGGGGAAAACUGUCGUCUCGAGGUCAUCAUUGAAGAAUCUUAUGACUUUAAGAACACGGUGGACAAACUCAUAAAGAAAACGAACCUGGCCUUAGUGAUUGGGACUCAUUCGUGGAGGGAGCAGUUUUUAGAGGCAGUUACGGUGAGCGCAGGGGAUGAGGAGGAGGAGGAGGACGGGUCUCGGGAAGAGCGGCUGCCAUCCUGCUUUGACUACGUGAUGCACUUCCUGACGGUGUUCUGGAAGGUUCUGUUCGCCUGUGUUCCUCCCACGGAGUACUGCCACGGCUGGGCCUGCUUCGGUGUCUGCAUUCUGGUGAUUGGCCUACUCACCGCCCUCAUCGGAGACCUAGCCUCUCACUUUGGGUGCACUGUGGGCCUCAAGGAUUCAGUCAACGCCGUGGUCUUCGUGGCCCUGGGCACCUCCAUCCCUGACACCUUCGCCAGCAAGGUGGCCGCGCUGCAGGACCAGUGCGCUGAUGCGUCCAUCGGCAAUGUGACCGGCUCCAACGCGGUGAACGUGUUCCUGGGUCUGGGUGUGGCCUGGUCGGUGGCCGCGGUGUACUGGGCGGUGCAGGGCCGCCCCUUCGAGGUGCGUACGGGCACGCUGGCCUUCUCGGUCACUCUCUUCACCGUCUUCGCCUUCGUGGGCAUCGCAGUGCUGUUGUACAGACGCCGGCCACACAUCGGCGGCGAGCUGGGCGGCCCGCGGGGACCCAAGCUGGCCACCACCGCCCUCUUCCUGGGUCUCUGGUUCCUCUAUAUUCUCUUCGCCAGCCUUGAGGCUUACUGCCACAUCCGGGGCUUCUAGGGCCCUAGCCACCGCCCUGGUGGUGGGGACUCGG